AUGGGACUGUCACGAUUGCGUGCUGCGCCCGCGCCAUGUUUUAAAAUUGCGGCGUACGGUAAAGAUGAUUUCGUGACGGGCUCCGAUUUAAGCGAUUUGAGCGACGUUUCUGACGAAGAAUUUGACGAAAACGAUGUAGCUGACAUCGAUAAUGAGUCCGAAGAUGACGGUCGGCAGUAUUGUGUAUGCGGGGAGCCCUCCACUAUGGAGAUGAUCGCGUGUGAUGACGAUCAAUGCACCGUUGUUUGGUGGCAUAUAGCUGCGCUGGAGUUUGUGCCGAUACAAUCCCAGAUACCUGGAAAUGACACUGCUAUUACAUAUUGCAAAUUCCUUAAAUCUUGGAAAGUAGACUGUAGUGAUGAAACUGCUAGGACAUUUCUUCAAUACACCAAUGACUGGAUUGACAAACAAAAUCGGGGUGGGUUAUUUCGUGUGUCUGAUGGGGUGUAUUUAUUGUUCCGAUCCAUGGAGCAUGAGACUUGUAAAUAUUUGACAAAGAAUAAUCUGAAAACGUUUUCCAGGAUGUGAUAUUCAGAGCACUCUUUUGAACAACAUUAAGGGUAGUCAUCGGGUACAAACCUACUGGUGCAGUUUAACACAAGGAAAGAUAAAUGGGGAC